CCACAGCAAACACACCCAUAAGUUGUCAGGACCUCCCCUCCCCGCUUCCUUCUCUCCUCUCUCCUCCCUCCUCCCUCUUCCUUCUUUCUUCUUUCUUCUUCCCACCUCGUCACCGUCUUCUUUCCCUCCUCUCACGUCUCUUCCCGUCGCCCCGUCUCUCCAUCUACUACGCUCGUUGAAUUCUGCCUGCCUCUCCUACUGGCAUACCGUCCUCGGUUCGUCCUCCCGCCCGUUGCGACCAUCCCUGCUACCCUCAACGGCACCUACCAGACUCCAAGCACGCAAGCCGGAUUCCUAGAAGCCGAGAGCCACAUCCGUCACGAUGCAGUUCGUCAAGACUCUUGCCAUCUUGGCCGUGGUCGCUGGCGGCAUGGCCGCACCUCAGGCAGUCGAGGAGUACGGCACCACCUGCGCCUGCGAGGCCGUCACCACCACCGUCACGGCUGGUGUCCCUGGCUCCGUCGGCGAGACUACCGCCCCUACCGCCCCUACCACCCCUCCCUACGCCGGUUCCACCCCUUCUUCUGGCCUGUUUACUGCCUCCUCGCCCACCGUUCCCGCCGGCGUUACCUCUAUCCCCACCAUUGGCUCUGGAACCGAGACUGUUCCCCUCCCGACUGAGACCGGAACUGGCACCGGCACCGGUACCACUCACAGCCGGCCCGUCUACGAGACUACCGCCACUGGUUCCGUUCCCGGUUCUUCUACCGUCGCCAUCUCUACCAGCGGCAGCGUCGCCGAGUCCAUCACUUCGCAGCCGGCCAGCGAGUCCCAGACCGGCACUGAGACCGCCCCUGGCCCCUCGGAGACCAGCGCCCCCCCCACCUCUGGUGCUAAAUCUCUGGCUCUUAGCGCCCUCGGCCUCGGCGGUGCUCUGCUCGCGGCUGUCCUCAGCAUCUAAGUGGCGGAGGGAUUUCCCUCUCCCCCACACGG